GGCCGCCGGCAACCUCGUCGGUAUUUAUGUACAUACACUGAGCGACGCUCGGCAGGUUAUGUGUUUGAAUAAAGUGGAAUAAACAGCGGUACUUCAAAGGCCGAACACGGAGCACAAGUCUCGCGGCCUGCUAUGCUGAUCAGUUAUCUCUGUCCUCGCUGCGAUGGAAGAUGCGGGCGCCACAGUUUUCUACGACGACGAGGACGACUGCCUGGACUACGAGUGCUUGCACAACAACGUCGAAUACGAUUACGAUUACGUGGACUCGGAGAAGGAAACCCUUCAUGAAUUGUACCAGUAUUGUCUCGGCCCUAGUCUGUACGAUACGGGACGCUAUAUACUGCCUUUAUUGGGCAGCGCAAUCUUAUUUAGACUAGUUGUUCAUACUGAAUACAUAUCGCACAAAGUGUCUCAUGUACUGUCGGUCAUUAUAGGUUUGUAUAUUAUCCAGCAUUACGUGCAGGAGUCAUUGACAGUAUUGAUAGCGUUCGCUCUAUUUUCCUACGGUGUUUUACACGUGCCAAGAAGGUGGCACAGAGGCGCAGGGAUCUUUUUGCCGUCCCUAUUGACAAUUGCGUACUGCGAAUUUUCAAUGCAGCCAGUGAUAUGGCAUAAAGUACGCAGCGUGAUUAUGACCAUGGUGAUGAAAGCAAUUAGCGUCGCCAUCGACACCGGCGAUUCGAGCGACUUGCCGGACGUUUACAGUUUCAUGGGUUACAUGUUCUGCGGUGUAACUUGUUUAUUCGGGCCGUGGGUGUCGUUCAAGGAUUACCUGUCGUUACGUUGCUCUAAUCAGACGAAAUGGUGGGUAAUGUACAGUAUGGGAUUCGCCUUCUUCUCCUUUGCCUUUCUGAGCAUCUCAAAUUGCUGGACGCAAUGGAUAUUUGUAGAUAACUCUUGGAAGUGGUUACUGGCAUACAGAGACGCGUUGUCCUUCAGAACGUCCCACUACUUCGUAUCGUACUUAGCUUCGGCAGUGUUAAUUUUGGGAGGAUUUUCUCUCUCGUCGUCGACGAUAGUUGAGUUCUUGUACAUCGAGUUCCCACGCUCGCUUGUUGAGGUUGUCAUUCACUGGAACAUUCCGAUGCAUUACUGGUUAAAAACGUACAUCUUCCGUCCCAGUAUCAGAAACUUGGGGAAGUUCGGCGCGGUGACCGUCACGUAUCUGACAAGCUCUCUUUUGCACGGCUGGAACUUUCAAUUGGCGGCGGUGUUACUUAGUCUAGGAUUUUAUUCGUAUGUGGAGUUUCAGCUCAGGUCCGUGCUCGCCGACACCUUCGACGCCUGCGUCGCGUCUAAACAGUGCUCCACACAAAGAUGCACGCACCAAUACAAUUCGUAUAACUGUUGGUGGGUGUUUGUGACAAACUUUACGUUUUUUGGAUUGGCGGUGUUUCACUUGGCUUAUUUAGGUCUCAUGUUCGAUAUGUCGGAUCUGCAAGAAACAGGGUAUAGCUAUAGCCAUACCAUAAACAAGUGGGCUGAACUCGGAUUUGCUAGUCAUUGGGUAGCAUUAGCUACAUUUUGCAUUUAUAUUUUAAUUAAGUAGCAGAUUAUUUUUAAUUUUUUAUUUUCUCCGAAGACUGUAUUUCUUUUUUUUUUUAAUAAAAAUUAAAACGACCUAUAAAUCACUAGCAGUUGACUUUGUAAACAGUUUUCCCUGCACAGAUGAAGGAGCAUGAAUAAUAUUUAGGAUGUAAUU